AUGUUCGACGAACCUACUUAUAAGCACUUCCCAAAGAAGGAGCUCUCCUUCAUCCUUGCUCCGUUCUCCGGAGGCCAGGGGAAAGGCGGUGUGGAGGAUGGCCCUAAGUAUCUUCUACGUGCCGGUAUUCAGUCUGAGAUUGAGAAGCUGGGAUGGGAAAUCACCAUAGAUGAGCCUUUGAAGGGCCAGGAUUUCGAAGAGCGCAAGAACAACGAGACGGAUGUGCACGGCAAUUGUAAACGUCCUCAAAUUGUCGGUGAGGCUACCAAAUUGAUCUACAAAUCGUGUAAGAAGAGCGCAGAGGAGGGCAAAUUGACCGUGACACUAGGUGGUGAUCACUCCAUUGCCAUCGGAACCGUUGCCGGCUCCUUUGCAAAGUAUCCAGAUGCCGGUUUGCUCUGGAUCGAUGCACACGCUGAUAUCAACACUCCUCUCACCACUGAUUCAGGAAACCUCCAUGGAUGCCCAGUGUCUUUUUUGAUGGGAUUGGCAAAGGAAUCAUAUCCACCAGAUUUACAAUGGGUCCCACAGGUGCUGAGUACCAAGAAGAUCGCCUAUAUUGGUCUUCGAGAUGUCGAUGAAGGCGAGAAGAAGAUCUUGAAAGAGCAUGGAAUUGCAGCCUUCUCUAUGUACCACGUUGAUCGUUAUGGAAUCAACAAAGUUGUCGAAAUGGCAUUGGAGGCAUUGGAUCCAACUGGUACUUUACCCAUUCAUCUGUCAUACGACGUGGAUGCCAUUGAUCCACAAUACGUUCCAGCAACGGGUACACCUGUGCGUGGUGGGUUAACCUUUAGAGAAGGACUGUUCAUCUGUGAACGCGUUGCAGAGACCGGUAACUUGGUUGCAUUGGACGUUGUUGAAGUUAACCCAAGCUUAGGUGUUAAUGAAAUGCACAUUAUUGAUACAGUUACAGCUGGUAUAGCAGUGGCCAAAUGUUCACUUGGGGAAACUCUCUUGUAA